UCUUCAACUUGACUUAUCUCAACUACCUUACUAACCUAAUCCACUACACCUACACCUACACCUAUUUCUUCUCAAUAAAUAUAUAACUAUUGCCCAUCGCCUUAUAUAUAUCAUCUUUCUAGAUUUGGCUAGUUCGCAAUCCCCUAUUUUAAAAAUGAAUAACGACGAAUCUAAAAGUGGCGUUGGCUAUCUAGCUCGCCUUGAACAUUUUCAUCAGCUUGAUAAAGAGAGGGAGGAUAUGAUUAAAGAUUUAAUAGCUAAAUACGACGAUCUCGAGCAGCGCUUCGAGUCGAAAUGUAAAGAAUUUGAUAAUGAGGUCCAAACACGUUCUAUAUACCAGUCUCGAGCCAAUGAUGCUACCACAAAGCUCACUGAUAUUCGACAUAAAAUGGAUGUUAAUUCUUUUGCUAUUGCUAUUAUAGAUGGCGACGGUGCUGUUUUUCGUGACGAUUGGAUUAGGAAGGGUGAAGACGGCGGCGCGAUGGCCGCCCAUCAAUUGCGCGACGACAUUAAGAAACAUCUUAAAGAAGCUCAUCCUGACGUUAACAUCGAAACGUGGCAUAUAAUGGUUCAGGUCGUUCUUAACCUCGAGGGCCUCUCCAGAAAGCUCUUUUGCGUUGACCUUGCGAAGAGCAUGAGCGAGUUAUCCGCCUUCGCUCGUGGAUUUAGUCGUGCUCAGGGGCUUUUUUCUUUUAUUGACGUCGGAAAGGGCAAGGAGCAGGCUGAUUUUAAAGUCCGCGAAACGCUGCGCUUGAUGGUACAUAAUCUUCAGUGCAAACAUAUUAUCUUUGGGCCUUGCCACGACAAAGGUUAUAUCGUCGAACUCAGGCCCUACCAGCUUGAGACGUCUAUUCUUAACAAGAUCACUUUACUUGAAACUACCCAGCCCCCGCGCGAAUUUGGCGAGCUGGCGUUCCGCAGAGUCAAGUUUAACGAUGUAUUUCGCUCUGAACUCCUUCCGGAAGGCUGGCUUCCGCCGACUCCUCCACCGUCGACAAGCAAACCAGCCCCCAUAACACCAUCAUCAGUAAACAAGGCAAUCAAUUAUUCUACCACCGCUUCUUCCUGGACUAGCACGCUUCCGUUUGUCAAUAGUUUCAAAAAGCCUGUGGCUACGCCGGUGAAAUCAACGAAGGCAUCUCCCCGCAAAUUUUAUUUCGUCAAUGCCUCGGGUCAGCGUGUCGAUGGGCCCCUACCGCAAGCCGAUCCCUACUCCGAACAGCGUUUCAAAGACCGUUGCGAAGAAGAAGGAAGCAGGAAGCCCUGUAACAGAUACCACCUGCAUGGUAUUUGCGAGGAAAAUGCAUGCUUGUAUUACCACGGGAAGCCUCUUAGCCCGGGUGAGCAACUCAUCUUACGAAUCAAAGCCAGAGGCUCUCUAUGCAAUUACAAGAGCGCUUGUAAGAGCAUUGAUUGCUAUUGGGGCCAUAAUUGCAAGUUCCAGAAGUGCCAAAAACUUAAUUGCGCCUUUGUUAACACUCAUGGGAUAGACCUGACUCCAGCGGAGAAAGUUUACGAAGACGGCUCACGAGAGGUCUUGUCUCCCUAAAAAAACAUGGUAAGCUGGUAUAUAGGACUUGCGCAAAAUCGUAGUCUAUGUUGUUACGAGCGCAUCUAAGUAUAAUUCUUUUUUAAAUCACGUAAGAUACAUGAGGAGAGGCAAUAUAUAAGUAUGUAUGUUUUUUAUUAUGAGAGGGAGCUAUGUAUAGAUCGUGGUAUUAUGUUACGGUUCACAGUGUUUGUUAAACUUAUAACACAAGACUUCUAGGGCUAAUUAAUAACCCUAACCCAUCAAAUGUCAUCACUUCUUUGGUUUGCGCUCCUUGUUUGGUGUACCCGGAAAGAUGAACAUAUAUGUUCGAUACAGGGCUGUGAGUACCGCAUAAUGUUCAUAGACACCUAGCAGUCGGAAAAAUAAGGUGCUAUUUUCCUUCUCUGGUGUAUCUUCCUUUGGUUUAUUUUCCUUCUUUGGUGUCAUUGUUUCAACUUACAGUUAUGUGGUUUUGUGUAGGUUCAGAUGUACGGUGGUUGAAGUUGUCAGUAUGGGUAGGUAGGUAAUUUGGUAUACUCUAUUGGAAACAAGGAAAGUUUGUUUUAAAGGCAAAUGCUGUAAAUUCAUGCUAGAUAGCAACAGCCCCUCUGUUCCUCAAAU